AUGGACAAUGAACUUGGUAGGAAAUUUAAAGGCAGACUGAAGCUGGAUAAUCAGACUGGAGAUCUCACUAUCAGCGACAUCAGCACCACAGACACUGGAAGUUAUAAAGUAACUAUCACCAGCACCACCAAGACCUCUAUAACAUUCAGUUUAACUGUUAAGCCAGCUGAUGCAGUGGAGUCAAUAUCAGUGAUUGAGCGAGAUUCUGUUACUCUACACACUGUUACUAAAAUACAGAGAUAUGAUAUGAUACAGUGGAGGUUUCAGAACUCUCCUAUAGCUGAAAUCAAUAGAGAGGCUGGAAUCUUCAACACAUCUGAUGGUGCUGAUGGGAGAUUCAAACACAAACUACAGCUGGACUGUUUGUCUGGAUCUUUGACCGUCAACAACAUUGGAACCAAACACUCUGGACUUUAUGAAGUUGACAUCAGAAGCAGUAAACACACCAUACACAAGACAUUCAGUGUGACUGUCAGUGGUGAAUGGAUAUCAGUGUCAGUGAUGGAGGGACACUCUGUCACUCUAAACACUGAUACCGAACUACGGAGAGAUGAUUUCAUGCUGUGGAUGGUGGGAGACACUGUCAUUGCUGAGAUCAGUCAAACAGCCCAACGGUUCCCUACAUCUGAAGACUCUGGUCUUUAUGAACUGAAGAUCAGCAGCAGCAGACACACCAUACUCAGGAGAAUCAUUGUCACUGUCACUGCCAGUGUGAAGAAAGAGUGA